AUGGAUCGACAGCUGGAGAAGUAUGCCCGUGGACCAGGAAACUCCACCGAGAAAUUGACCGACCAAAAGCUGCGAAGCGGCCUGGAGCGGACGGAGAAGAAGUUCGAGGACGCCGCCCACAACACGGCGGUCGCGGAGCUCCUAUUGCCCGAAGAUGCGGGGUUCCUAGAAGCGGAGGGCAUGGAAGAGACCUUCAAGUUCGGCCAAGAUCAGCUAAAGGAAGCGGUGGACGUGAAUACGGCUCGGGAGAUGUUCGACCUCUCCCUGCCGGACCUCGGGCCGUACGCGAUCGACUACACCAAGAACGGACGCUUCUUGCUCUUGGGCGGCCGAAAGGGGCACCUCGCCCUCAUGGACACGCUCAGGAUGGACAUUCAGAUGGAGGUGCAGCUACGAGAGACCAUCCGAGACGUCAAGACCCUGCACAACGAGAACCUGGUAGCCGUAGCACAGAAGAAGUACGUCUACAUCUACGACAACCAGGGGGCCGAGGUGCAUUGCCUCCGGGAGCACGUGGAGCCGCGAAGGCUGGAGUUCUUGCCCUACCACUUCCUGCUUGGGAGUGUGGGACGCACAGGGUACGUCAAAUACACGGACAUCAGCACGGGGCAGCUGGUGGCGGAGAUGGGCACCAAGCUCGGGGCGUGCGACAGCCUGCGAGCAAACCCCCACAACGGUGUCCUACACGCCGGGCACCACAACGGCGUCGUCACGAUGUGGUCCCCGGCGAUGGGAAAGCCCUUGGUGCGAAUGCUGGCGCACCCGGCUCCGAUCACGUGCCUCGCUGUCGAAAAGGGCGGACACUACAUGGUCACGUCGGCGAUGGACAAGCAGACCAAGGUGUGGGAUCUCCGAACGUACAAGGAGGUUCACUCCUACUUGACCAAGACUCCCCCCACGGACAUGGACAUCUCGGAAAGAGGCCUGCUCUCGCUGGGCUUUGGGUGUCACGUCCAGGUAUGGAAAGAUGCGAUCGCCACCAAGGCAAAGGCCCCGUACAUGGAGCACGACCUGCCGUCGAGGUUGAUCCACCGGACUCGCUUCCGCCCGCUGCAGGAUGUCUUGGGAUUGGGACACACUGAAGGGUACUCCUCGAUGGUCGUGCCCGGGGCGGGGGAGCCAAACUUCGACACAUUCGAGGCGAACCCUUUCCAGACCUCCAAGCAGCGCAGGGAGUCGGAGGUCGUGUCCCUCCUCGAGAAGCUCACCCCGGAGACAAUCGGCCUCGACCCUUCCUUCGUCGGCAGGGUCGACGCCGACCCCGUCGCGCUUCAAACUGAGCAGCGAGCUAUCAUGGAGGCCGCCAAUACGAGAGGACCGAAGGUGGUCAAGGAGAAGAAGAAGAUGAGGGGCAGGAGCAAGGUGGCCAAGAAGCUCCAGAAGAAGCAGAAGAAUGUCGUGGACGUCGGGGCGAAGAAGCUGAGGGAGAAGAGGGAGGCCGAGCAGGGGAGGGAGAGAGCGAGAGAGGACACCAGGAAGAGAGAGGCGCAGGCUCGAGAGGCCCCUGCCGCCCUCGGCCGUUUCUUCAAGAAGUAG